CUGCAUCCUUACCCCAGGUUAACAGUGGUCCAGCCCCUGGGUGGGCACAGCUGUCCAAGUGCUGUUGGCUAUAACAGACUGUUAGCUCUGCGUUUUUACCUACAGACUAUUGCUCCACAGCUCAUGAUUGCAAUGCCAGGAGAGACCUGCUGCUACUGAUGUUUGAGACAUCCCUACUGGGUUUUGAUGGAAGAGAAAAGAAGCUUGGAAUGACAAAAUUGAGAAAAGGUGACUGCUGAAAGAGUGUGAAGAGAGAUACUGGCAGAGGAGAGCAUGAAACUGUUCAAUUUUAAGGACCAGCGUGGGCAGAACAGACUGGAUGCAGCUGAAAAAUUUGGAUUAUGACUCAUAUCUACAAAUCUUGGCUGGCAUCUUGCAGAGGACGUGGUAAUCUCCAUGCUGCUGAAACAUGCGGUCUUUUGAGAAGCUUGCACUCCUCAGAAUCAGGAGUGCUGCAUUUCUGCUGUGCACUGCUCACUUCCAGUGGAUCAUGGAUGUGACUGUCCCUGGCUUCCUCAAGGGAAAAAGACAAUCCUUUUGCAUGGAGGAGAUGUUCCUGUUGUUUCCCAUCAGGGUCAUCCUUCUCAUGGACACAUUUACCAGUGGAAUUGCAGGAGAUAAGCUGCAUUUGCUGCCUGGAGCAAGCAAUGCCAGCGAGUUGCUACUGGGGAAGGACCUAGGAAGUGGCACUUCACACUGACUGCACAUAAUCAAGUUUUCUGCCAUCUGAGCUAACAAACUGAGAGAAGGGUGACUGGAGAAGAAGAGAGAAAUUUUAAGCUGAAUGCAGGGUGAAGAAGGUGUCUGGCUUUGCCUCCUGGUGUCUCCUGAAACAGGCUUCCAAUGGAGCUGGAAUUCCUGCUUCCCUUGUGCCAGCACAGUUCCAGUGGAAAAAGACCACACUGAGGAAAUGGUCACCCGGUGCAUCGUGGAGGUUCUGUCCAACGCUCUGUCCAAGCCAAAUGCACCCCCCAUUGAUCCUGAAUGCAAAGAAAUCCUGAGGAAGAGUGAUAAAAGUGACAGAGAGAGAAGUGAAAAUAAACAGCCUGAAGUGAGGGAUCCCAAAGACCCAGCAGAGACCGAAAAACAUCCUACAGGGAGCACGGAGAAAGAACAAAGGCAGGCAGAAGAGGAAUCCAAAAAGUACCUGGAAGGAGGUGAUGAGGAAGGUAAAAGCAAGGAGGAGGAGGCUGGACACCACACACCUGCUCAGGAUGAGGCACUUCACACAGAAGAAAAAAAGCACUACCAGGAAACUGGGAGAGAGGAGGAGAGGAAUGACCACAGUGAGGAGGAAAGCAAAGAGGGCAAGUGUUGUGAAGAUGUAGAGGCUGCUGUUCUCACCAAGAAGUCCCACUCUGAGGGCGUCAGUGUGGAGGAGUUCCAUGGUGGGAAUGAUCAGAGCCCCAGGGGCCGCUGGCACCUGGAGGAGGGAAUGCAGAGCUCUUACAGACAAAUCCGGGAGGGUGAAGAGGGAGAGGAAGGAAGGAGUGAGAAAUACCAGCAUGAGUCUCAGGAACGUGGGUUCUCCCACCAGCAGGAGCGAGAAGAGUCUGAGGAGAGUGAAGAAAUGGAGGAGGGAAAGGAGCCCUACAAACCCAAAGGUUUUCAUGGGAAGCACAGAGCAGGUGACUCCUCUGAAGAGAAGAGGGGCCAUGGUGGUGAGAGGGGGGAAGCAGCUGGGGGAUCACACCUGGGAGAGGCCAAUCUCUGGGAGCAGUGGAAGCACCGCCAGAAGCACCAGGGAGAGUCUGAGGAGAAGGGUGGCUCUCCUGGGAGGCCUGAGGAGCUGCAGGAGGAGAGGGCUGCAGAGCAGGGCAGUGAGGAGCACAGGGACAGCUGGCAGCAGAGCCAGGAGAGCAGGGAGGAGGAAAACAAGAGGCACCACCACAGCGAGGAGAGCAGUGAGAAGUGGCGUGAGGAGAGGAGACAGCACGAGGGAUCACGCCGUUCUGAGGGGAGGAUGGACCUUGGCAGUGAAAACGAGGAAGAGCUGGACAGGUACCUCAGCAAGGAGAGGCAGCGCCGUGUCGGAGGGAGAUCCCACCUACGGAACGGGGAAGGGGCACAGAAGGCUCGAGAGCACAAGGGCCAGGCCAGGAGGCACUACAGCACCGAGGACAGCCUGGAGCAGAGGGAGGAGGAGGUGGAAAAGAAGCAUCACAGCAGUGAGCAGGUGGCAAAUGAGGAGGAGGAAAGAUUUGCAGAGAGAGAAGAGUACAGAGGCCAUCUCCCUGCAGAGAAAGAGAAGAGAACUGCAGCAUCCUACAGGUCUUUCUACCCACUGCUGUGGUGGAAAAGCCAGCACUUGGACAAAAGGGACAGUGCAGGGGAGCAGCUUCUGGAGGGCAGGGAGGAAGGCAGGCCCGCCCUGAGUGAGAAGAGCCUUUUCCCUGAAUACAACGACUACGAUUGGUGGUCAGAAAAGCAAAUCCAGAGCGCUCUGAAGCACAGGCGCACCGAGAAGAGGAAUCCUGGCAAAACGAACAGAUAUGAUGUGGAAAGGCAGUACAACAAGAUGGAUCAACUUGCACAACUUCUCAACUACAGGAAGAAGUCAGCUGAGCUCCCAGAGCUGUACAGCUCUGGAGAAGACCUAAAGAAACGUCAUGGAGCUGGGAGCGACAGAAGGAGCCUAAGCAAGAGGCCUCUGACAGAAGAGGAGGAAAGGCAGCUGGAAAACUUGGCCACCAUGGAUCUGGAGCUGCAGAGCAUAGCAGAGAAGAUCAACAGCCUGAGGAGAGGCUGAAGGUGUCCUGGCAAUUCCUGUGUUCUGUGGUAAAUGCACUGCCACUGGAUUGUUGCUUGCCCUAAACCCAGGAAAUUCUAUCCACUGUCCACUCUCGUGUAGUGAUUUACACAGCUGAAAGUGUCUUUAAUUUGCUGUUAUGCUCCUGAGACCUGAAUGGCAUGAAUUUUAGUAAUAUAACCUAUCAUGUGGGCAGGUAUUUUUAAUAUGCUUUUGGAGAUAAUUGUGUUAGUGUUCUUCAGGAAUAUAUUUGUCUGAGUUUGCAAUAAUAAAAACCAUUGAUCUUGGACCAAACCUUCUCCUUGU